GCCUAACCAUCAGUUCGAGUUCCGAACGUAACCUAAGCAAAACAUAUAGUUUUUGUGUGUUCACCGAGUAAAUCUCCAAACCUCAGCCUAUUCUAAUGGUGGUUGCUGUCAAAGUAUUCAAAAAGACAACACCCAAUGGUAAGCUUACCGUCUACCUUGGUAAACGAGACUUUCUAGAUCACUUAGAUUUUACUGAACCUAUCGAUGGAGUCGUCGUCGUCGAAAAAGACUACCUCAAUGGGCGUAGGGUAUUCGGUCAGGUCAUCACGACCUACCGAUAUGGUCGGGAAGAAGAUGAGGUCAUGGGGGUCAAGUUCAGUAAAGAAAUGGUAGUUGCCAGCGGACAGAUAGCACCCUUACCUGGCAGCGACGAAAAAGAAAAGCUCACCCAAAUUCAAGAAAAACUAGUGAAGAAGUUCGGCCCAAAUGCUUUUCCGUUCACCUUCAAAUUCCCCGAAAUGUCGCCCUCUUCAGUUACUCUCCAGCCGGGUGAAGAUGACCAAGGCAAACCUCUUGGUGUCGAAUACACCUUGAAGAUUUACGUUGGUGAGCAUACCGACGACAGGGGUCAUAAGAGGAGCACAGUUACCUUGGCAAUCAAGAAAUUGCAAUAUGCUCCUCCAUCCAGAAACCGCAGACUUCCGAGCUCCCUCGUGUCUAAAGGGUUCACCUUUUCUAGCGGAAAAAUCAACCUGGAGGUAACCCUAGACAAGGACAUCUACUACCACGGCGAAAAAGUAGCGGCCACAGUUAUGAUAAGCAACAACUCAAGAAAAUCCGUCAAAAAUAUCAAAGUAUUCGUUGUUCAACACUGCGAAAUAACUAUGGUCAACAACCAAUUUUCCAAAUACGUCGCAAGUAUGGAGACGCGCGAAGGGUGUCCUAUUACGCCAGGUGCCAACUUCACCAAAGUAUUUUACCUGGUGCCUUUAGCGUCCAGCAACAAAGAUCGCCGUGGAAUCGCUUUGGACGGAUAUCUAAAAGACGAAGACGUGAACCUUGCCAGUUCCACAUUGGUACCAGAAGGCAAAUGUCCAGCAGAAGCUAUUGGUAUCGUCAUCUCUUACUCUGUACGAGUGAGAGUAAACUGCGGUACCCUUGGAGGAGAACUGGUUACCGAUGUGCCACUUAAACUUCUUCAUCCAGCACCGGGAAGUGUUGAAAAGGAGAAGAGCAACGCUCUCAAAAAGAUGAAAUCGAUUGAAAGGUCGCGUUAUGAAAACAGCUGCUAUGCAGAUGAUGAUGACAAUAUUGUUUUCGAAGACUUUGCUCGAUUGCGCCUUAACGAACCUGAAUAAAUUUUUAUUUUAAAUAAUGACAUGUUUGGAUAUUGGAACGACCUGAAAGGUAACAAAAUGCUACCGAUCAUAGGUAAAUAAAGAAAGUUUUCUCUUUUAGUACAAAUUUAUUUUGAGCCAGUUCAAUAUCCAAACGUUGGUUGUUCGAUAUAAUAUACCUACAUAUACCAAAGGCUUAUUUAUAUACUUAUAUAUUAUACCUAUCUAUAUCUUGUUAUUGCUUCGGAUCGUAAUUAUUAUGCACUUGCUGAAAUUAUUUAUGAAUAUAGCCGUACUGUUUACGUAGUAAUAGAUGAAAUAUUCAAUUUAUUCCAUUGUUAACGAUGUACCAAUAUACAUGCGUACGUAGGUACUAAUUAUUAUUAUUCAACUUUCAGGUAUUUUUGCGUGUCGUUUGUAAAGUUUAUUAGAAAAAGAAAAGCAAAUAACUAUGUAUUUUUUGUCUCGAUUACCUACUAAUUGUUAAUUAGUUUACUAUUAUUACCAUUAUGUUGUUAUAUAAUUCAAUGUUCGCUUCAGUAUAAUGUUACUACGCAAAUAAAAAAAUAAAUUGUAUAUUAU